UUCACAUCACUCAAUGAAGCCAAAAUCGAAGCUAAUUAAAAUUAAAUGAGAUUUGGUAUGGUUUCCUUGCUAUACCGAUAGUAUGUAAAAUAUAUGGAAAAACGUUAUAAAAUUUCUAAUCGAAAUGGUGAUUCAAAAGACUAGCACUAAUAUAGACGCUAACAAAAACAUAGCAGUUAUAGAUAACAGUACAAGUGGUACAUGGAAUUUCCAAGCGCCAACUAAAAUAAUUAAUAUUCGUACAAAUACAGCGGCGACAAUGCAAGCGAAACAGCCUAUUACUCGACAGAUAGCGAUAAGCACAUUGGCGGCUAUGCAUCGAAGAUUCAGCCUGCCAGGUCCUGUGCAGCCGCACUCAAGACCAAUUGCCGAAUUUCGUGCCAGUGCUAACAAGUCCCUUGACAUGUUGAGGCAAACCAUACAAUCUGCUGUAACAAGGGAAAUUGAUCAAGUCAUUAAAAAAUAUUUGGAAAAAUUUUUUGUUCCUGCCGUAAACAACAUUCGAUUGAACUUAGGAGAUGAGUCCGUCAGUGAAGAUCAGGUUCGAGCAGUUUGUCGUGCUAUGUUGGAUGCAACAAGAUUGUUAUAUUCCACACCAUCUCGUACAACACAACCGGGUUACGAAACAACUGAUGAUAACACAGAUAAUAAACUGACGAAACAAGCACUGCAGAACCCACAAAGUAAGAGGAAGGACACUGAUAUUGAUAUAGACUUUAUAAGAGCUAAGAAAAUAAAACAAGAAGAGAUCAUUGAAGGUUCUUCAUCACCAUUGCCAUCACCAGCUAUUCGGGACCCAGAGAAGUGGAAUCCUGCAAGACUUACACAGGAUACAUUAUUUAUUAUGGGAUCUCAUGCUCAUAAGGUGCUUGGUCUUGGUAAUUCUCGAGGUCGUUUAUAUACAAGACAUGCAGGACUGUUAAGAUAUCCAGCAGACAGCGUUGACAAAGAGUGGAUAGCCAAUCACAACUUGGUAAAUGCUGUCGGAGGCAAAACUUAUAUAAUGGUGUUGGAGGAUAUUGAAGAACUGGCUAGAAGUGACACUUAUAAACAUAGCUCCUUGCCCUUGCUGGGUGAAUUGACUGGAUUUAAAGUACCACCAUUUAUGUUACGAAAAAUAAAAGGAUAUGUAUUAAGAAGGUCAUUGAGUGGCGACCUCAACGCAGAUAGCCCUCAACCGUCCACAAGUGUCGUUCAAGAAGAGAAAUUUAAAAUAGAUGACAUCAAAUUGGAAGUUCAUGAUGAUUUCGAUUCUGCAAAUUUUAACGCAAGUCAGUAUAUGACGAACUCUGAUAAUUCAAGAGCCUUCGCCGAGGUGCCGAUGAUGAAAGAAGAUACAGAUUUUGCCGAUAUUAAAGUUGAAGACAUUGAUGAUAUAAAAGUAGAUGGUAUAAAAAUGGAGGAUUUAGAUGAAAUGAAAGUAGACGAGAUUAAAGUUGAAGAUUUAGAUGUUAACGAUAUUAAAGUUGAGAAUAUAGAUGAUAUAAAUGUUGAUGCUAUUAAAGUUGAAGAUAUUAAGUUGGAAACUGACGAUGCUUUUGAUCUUUGUAAGCAAGCUGAUGAUGAACAAAGCAAUUUAGUAGAUGGCCUUCUAGACGCUGACAUAGAAUUCCUAAGCCGAAAUUUGGGCAAUAUAGAAAGUGAUGCAGAUGCGAGGAAAACUAUUGAGAAAUUGACUGGAGCUAAUCCUGAUACCAUCACAUUGGUCGGUGAUGAAUUCGACUUGGGAACUACUCUUAACACGAACUUUACUAGCAAUCAAAGUACAAAAUGCAUAACCGUAGCGUCAACAACUAGUGGAAUGAUACACAGCGUGCCAGUAGCUCAUAUAGCUCCGCCUCGUAUCACUGGCAGCACUGUCCACUACUACACCAGUUCAGGUUUACAACCCAGUGGUCAGAGAACUAUACACCAUCUACCUCAAGCCACUGUUACCAUACAAAGUAUUCCUGGAUCCAAUUCUCAUAUGAUUCGUGGAAUACCGAUCAACGCAAAAUCAGGUACAAUUAGUACGGUAGUGUCCCAAGGAACGGGUAGUACGAUCAUCGGCUUCGGGACACGAACGUCGAACGCGACGAUUAUAGGAACGCCGCAGUAUGUGAAUGUCUCAUCGAAAUCAUUCCCCACUGGAAACAUUCUGCACAAUGCCAUAGUGUCGAAGAACAUCAUCAAUCGGAACAUGGGAGCCGCUUCUCCGGGGGUAUCCUUCAACGUGACCACAGUAAGACCUUCAUACUCAACCACGCCAAAAAGCACAGUCGUUACAGGCACAUCAGCGGACUUUGAUAACAUUUCCACCACGAAAGAUAUGAUCGAUAAUGCUUGUAACUCGUCGCUUAUGUUGAAAAAGGUUUUGACUUUGGGUAGCGCGGCAGCCUCGAAGUCUUUCAUGAUGCACAAUACCCAAAAGGUACUAUCGACUGGCUUCGCUAAUGGCGUCACCCCGCCUCCCAAUGUAACCAUCGUUAGUUCGGGGACGAGUGGGGGUAUGUUAAAUAACACCAACUUAGGGGGCGGUUCAAAUAUGGGCAUUGCAUCUAACGGAAAUUUAAGCGCGACUCACGCGACUCUCUCCGCUUUAUUGUCAUCCAACGCAGAAAAUGUUAAAGGUAAAAAUAAUUAACUACACAUUCCAUUUAAGUUGUGUUACUUUGAGCAUUGAUCUCGUUUGUGUUUUUUUUU